UUGCCAAUAUCUCUUCUCUCGCUAACGAAGCUCUCUCUCUUCUUCUUUACACUUGCAGAGAUACCUAACACAGCCCCUCUUCCCUCAUAAAAAAGAAGCACCGAAACCCUAGUGUUUCUUGUCUAUCAAAGUUAAAAAUGCCGCUAUCAAGAGAUAGAUUGUCAAGCCCAGUAGACAUAGCUGCAAUCUUUGCUGCUCGAAGACAAUCAAGGAUUCUUGGUGUCUAUCAAGACCAGCCAGAGCUUGACAUGGCGCUGUUUGGUUCUCCUAGACCAAACGCAGCAACAAGAACUCAAACAGUGGGUGCGGGUACCAUUACUGUGCGUGGAAGAGGUGGUUUGGGCACUCCAAGGGGCCGAGGUGGCCGGACUUCAUUGGGCAGAGAAAAUAUUCCUCCACCUGGGAGUGCCCGAAGAGGAAGGGGUCGUGGAUCAAAUAGUGUGUUACCUGCCUGGUACCCUAGGACUCCUCUUCGUGAUGUCACUGCUGUUGUUAGGGCCAUUGAAAGGAGAAGGGAACGCUUGGAAGGAAGUGAUGGCCUAGAAAUCAGGAGCCCAAUGCCUCAAGUUCGAAUGAAUCAUAACUCUUCUGAGGCAACACCAGUUGCUCAUCUCGAGCACAGAAACAGGAUUAUGUCCCCAAAACCAACUACUGAAGUCAAGGGCUGUUCUUCUACCAUUGGUAAAGUGCCGGAAAUUUUGCAGCAUAUUACAAACCAAGCCUCUGGUGAUCCAGACUCUCUAACACCCCAGAAGAAACUCCUGAACUCAAUUGACACAGUUGAGAAAGUAGUGAUGGAGGAGUUGCGAAAAAUGAAGAGGACUCCUAGUGCUAGGAAGGCUGAGAGAGAGAAAAGAGUUCGAACUCUUAUGUCAAUGCGGUGACUGUUCAUCUUCUGAUGAUAUUUCCACAGUAUUCUAUGGUAAACCAACAGGAGGAAUACAGUCACUACCUUCGGUGACAACCUGUGCAGUGACUUUGAUCAUCGUCUGGUUAUAUCAUUGUGCAUCGAGAUUGACCAUCUUCUGGUGAUAUCCUUGUGCAUCAAGAUUGAUCAUCUUCUUGUGAUAUCUUUUCAGGGAGUCUUAGAUUUCAAUUUUGCUAGUGAAAGAUUGCUGCUGGGCAAUCUUUCACCAGCGUUCCCUUCAUUCUCAUGAAGGUUUUACUGUUGUUCCUUCAUUCGUUUGAAGGUAUGUAGGACAAGGGCUACGUAUUUGUUUUGACUGAUGUACAUAGGUUAGAAUACCAGGUAUAGCACUCCUGUCUUUUGCCUAUGAUCUGUUACUUCCUAUUGUCAUAUUGAAACAGUUCUGACCAGUUGAAAAUUCUAUCAUUUUGUGGUAAUUUGUAGAUGGAUAAAGUACAAUAAAUGUGGUUUUGCCUUGUUCUA